AUGGGAACAAAACGGCGGGAAAAGGCCCUGGCCAAGUCCAUUCAAGCCGGGCUACUCCGUGAUCCAGAUCGAUUCAAGAAAUCAGCAUGGGGCUCAUUUCUAGCCUUCUUCACGUUUCAACGGAUCAAACUUAUCCGACACGAACAACACCUCUUUGAAAAACUUCGUAGAGAGGUGUGGGGCUUUGACGAAAGCGAAUACCAGGCGAGCUUUCGGACAACGAGUGGCCAGCCUCCACUUAAGAUGAUGGGUGACCUUGGCUAUUCUGGUUCGACAUUCAUUUCAACACUCGAUGGCCACCAUGUGAUUAAAAGUCUCCCCCGCCAUUUCGAAUACACAUUCUUCGAAUCGGACCUUUUAGAGCCAUACUUUGACUUUAUGAGAGAUAAUCCUGAUUCCGUCCUCGUCUGGAUAACAGACUAUAUUCUUUCUCCGUACACCACGCUCGGCACACUAUGCGGCUGCACCCCAGCCCACCACAUAAUAAUGGAGAACGCACUCUGCGGCAAAGCCGACGACCCCAACGGCGAUAAAUGGGAAACAUACGACCUAAAGCCAAUAAACUACUUCUACCCGGAGCGCGACCUGAUGCCCGAAUCGCUCGUCAGCGAAGAAACCCUGAACAAAUUGGCACAUACAUUCAAUGACAAGCUUCAUCUGCAACUUUCGGAUUCAGAGAAGCUCUUGAAAGCCGUUGAGACUGAUACGCAGUUCUUGCAGGAUGCGAAUGCGGUCGAUUAUUCUUUUUUUUAUGGUGCGAAUUCCCGCAUCCUCGAAUCCGGAACAACCUUCGGGGAGAAAAAGUCCUUGGCGGGAGGGGAUCAGUUCUGCGGAUGGUAG